AUGCGGUCCUUCCUUUUCUCUGUGGCUCUCUUAUGUGUCCAGACACUGUUUGCUGCGUGCAGCCCUAUGCAGGUGUUUGGCACGGAUGGUGUGAACUUCAGUGUGCAUGUGGAGAACCAGACACGGGUUCGUGAUGCCAUGAGCAGGAGGCAGCACCGGGUCUACCAGUUGUACAGCCGAACCAGUGGGAAGCAUGUGCAAGUCCUGGGGAGGAAGAUCAGUGCCAAGGGAGAUGAUGGAGACAAGUAUGCCCAGCUCAUAGUGGAGGCUGACACCUUUGGUAGCCAGGUGAGAAUACGUGGGAAGGAGACUAACUACUACCUGUGCAUGAACCGCCGUGGCAAGCUGGUUGGGAAGAAGCCCAGCAGUCGCAGUGCAGACUGUGUCUUUGUGGAGAUGGUGCUGGAAAACAACUACACGGCGCUGAUGUCUGCACGCUAUGCAGGGUGGUAUGUGGGAUUCACUAAGAGGGGGCGACCUCGGCGCGGCCCUCACACCCUCCCUAACCAGCAGGAUGUGCACUUCAUGAAGCGUUUCCCCCCGGGUGAGCAGCCAGAGCUCCACGCCUUCCGCUUCACCACCAUCAGUAAGAGGAGCAAGAGGAUGCAAGCAACAAACAGUCGCUAGCAGAUCCAGCUAACACACACCCUGCCGACACAUACGCUGCUAGCACACUCUGUUAAGAUGCCCCCCAUGAUGAACAGACCCUGCUGAUACACAUCAUGCAGGCAAACGCACUGUUAACGGACAGCAACCAUGCACACCCUGCUGACACCGAUCUUGCUAAUAUGUGCUGCAUAAAGACUACAGGCAGCUGUCACACAACCUUCUGAAUGUGCUAACAGAGCCCUGUGAUACAUCUCCCCGUAUGUUGUCAUGUACCACUAUCCAGAAUAGACCUGCAUA